CCAUGAGUACACUGGGGCGGGAAUAUUAAAAUCACAGUUCUCACUUAAUAUGCCUCCAAUUAGAAAUGUGAGUGAUGGCAGGUCAUUUAAGGAAAGCCAGCCAGGACAGUACAUUUAUGACCCCAUGUUUUGUAUCCAUGGGGGUGACAUUGAGGAUGAGGAGAGUGUUCCAGACAUAUCACAGCUACCAUUCCAGUCCUACUUGAGUACUCCUCAGAAAAGUCCAAAUAAUGUAGAAGAAGUACUGGCUGUUACUCCAGAUGACAAGAAGACCCGCAGCACUGGCCAGAAUAAAACACCAAGAACUAUGAUGAAAAUGAUGGAAAGACAUAGAGAAAAUGAAAGGGUACGUCAUCACACGUUAAAUAAAAGUAUGAAGAAAGUAUGUGACAGAGUUCCUGGAUUAAGUCCAUUCAUGAAAGAAACAAAGGUUGUGAUGAUGCAAAGAAUUAUUGCCUAUAUUUGUUACCUUGAGAAUACAAUUAGCUUUGUAUGUGGCCAUCUUGGUAUAAAACAACUAAGAAUGUCAACUAAUUUCAUUACAGAACAGUGGACAGAACCAGCUGAGAAGAAAGAAGAAAUAACUAUGAUAAAGCGAAAGGUGGCUCCUAAAAAUAACAAGAAGAUGCUGAUAGAGAAAAGAAGACAAAAGAUAUCAUCACCAACAAUAGAUUCAACAACAGAUGAUCUGUGUCAUACAGUUACUCAGGAGAUGGUUGUCAACUCUCAAGACUCGCAAGGAGUAUCCUCAACGCUAAAAAUAAAUGAGGACAUAUUCUUGGAUGAUAAUGCAUGCUGUGUUCCUGAACAUUAUGAAGAUCCUUAUUUGAAUGAAGAUUUCCUGCCAUCCUCCACAAAACUGGAUAAUUUCCCUGAUGCGUUUGAUUUGAUGUCUAGUCCACUUGGUAAGAUACCACACCAUCAGACUAUAGAUAGUAGUGAUGAAUGUGGUAUACGGGAAGAUAAACAAGACAUGGAUAUCUGUGAAUCUCCUCUAAGAACCAUUUCUCCUGACUGUGUUCUAGCCACAACUUUAUCCCAGUCCUCAAAUCCUCCAGCUACUCCAAUAAACUAUAGUAUUACUCCCACUAAGUAUAGAAACAAGAGAAAACAGAGCACACCCCAGAGAUCUCCGUUCAAUGAUAUUUCUAACAUCUCACCACACAGAAGACAAGCUAUGUCAUCACCAAGUGAUAGAAAAUGGAUGAGAACCGAUAGUAAAUUCUCUAAAGAAUGUCCAGUUGAUGAAGAUUUUAUGUCAUAUGAACCUGAUAUUUACAGAUUUCACAAAUCUGCUGCAUCUCGUAGGAAAAAAUGGGAUGUUGAAAAUCAACCUCCAAAUAGUCAAUCAAGUUCUGCAGUAUCUUCAGUUUCAAAAAUAGAAAAAAUAGACCACAGAAAAACAACAUGGAUGAAUGGAUUUAUGAUGUUCAGUCGCUUGAAUAGAAGAUCAUUCAUUGAAGCUAACCCUGGUGUCCAUACUUCGCAUAUAAGUAAAAUGAUGGGUCAUGCUUGGAGGCAGAUGACAUCGGAUGAUCAAUUCCCUUAUAGAGAGAAAGCAAAAGAAUAUGCCUCUUCAAUGAAAAAUCUGAUGUGUGAUGAAUCUGUCUCCAGUGAUAAUGAUAGCUGAACACAUAUUUGAUCCAUUCUGGAAUGUGACUAUCUGAAGUUUCUUAGGGUCAAUCCCUCCUAUUGAACUUUGAUGUAAAUGAAGUUGUUACUAUCCAUCAUAUGAUAAGACUUUGUACUGGGACUAUGCAUGAUAAUGCCCCUUCGUAUAUUCUAUACUUGAUGUUAGGUCUCAAUAGUUUUGAAUUUUUAUGUUUUGUUAUAAUGAUCAUGUUUUUAUGGUCAAUAAUAAGGAAUAUUACUAAAACUGUGCAAGUUUAAAUUAUUUUAUGAUCCUACAUUUCCGAGAGCCAUCGGUGAAGUGGUGUUAAGAAUUUUAUAGUAACCUUAUUUAGAAUGUAGCAGUUCCUUUGAUAUUUAUAUAUAUAUAGCUACAUAAUUUGUGACAUUAUAUUUUGAUGAUGUUGGUCAUUUAUGGUAGAUACUUGGUGCCGAAACCAUUCUGGAUAUAAUUGUUAUCUGACUAAAUUGAUGUUAGGAAGUCAUAUUGCUUGAAUGUACAAGCUAAGAUAAAAUAAAAUAGUUGAAUUCAAAUUGUUAGUUCUCUUUAGAGAGCUAUAUUUAGAAAGGGCUAUUGCAAAUUAUUAUAGGAACAGAACAUUAUACUUUGUUAUGGAACAGUCUUUUAUAUGAGUUUUAGUGUUAUCUUUAAAAACUUCAUUUAUUUUUAAUUUAUCAGGCAUCUGAUAUUCAGAUAUUAAAACAACAUAUAUAUAUCUAUUAAUACCAACGAAGUAAAGGGAGCUUUUGGAGACCCUGUCCUUUAAGAUUUCGACAUUUUGAUAAAAUACCAGUGGAUAGGCUUAUUUCAACCAAAACAUCUGUUAUUGAAAUAUUUUUAAUUCGAACAAGAAUGUUAAGUUUUUCUGAGUACAUGAGAAAAUAUGAAAGUUGUCCAAUUCGACAUCCUUGAUGCUGUUGGAUUUGACAAUAUGUUGACAAUUUAACAUGGUCGAAUUCAUUGAUGUUCAGAGUGCUUAAUCUAUUUCUUCCCUGAGAUAUUGAAAAUAUUUUUGUUGUUGUUUAUUGUUAUUGCUUUUAUUAUGUUUAUGAUGAUUUUAUCGUUUUAAUGAGAUUUUUUACUCUAGUCCUAUGUUACUUAUGAUAUUUUUGUUAAUGUUUUUUAUUUCUAUUUUCUAAACCAGUUUAUUUAUUUUGCUCAUAUAUAUAAAAUUUUAAGUCCAAAACUUGCAAAGUUUUUGUGUGUGUUUAAUUUCUAUAAUUUUUUUACCUUUGUGGUCUUUUGUGGCUGGUAAAAUGUUAUUUCAUGCAAUGUGUUUGCAAUUUUUUUCACAAGUUUUCCUGAUUGAAACUUGUUAUUCACAGUGUUUGUGAAAACUGAUAAAAACCAAGGUAUAGCUAUUUUUAUCUCACUUGGCCCAAAAGGCGUCCGUCGUUAACAAAUGUUUUACAAAAAUCUUGAUAAAGUAUUUAGAGCAAAUCUGACGGGGUUUAAAUGUUCAUCAGGUUAUGAUCUAUCUACCCAUAAAUUUUCAGACAAAUCAGACAAUCCGUUGUUGAGUUGCUGCCCCUGAAUUGGUAAUUUUAAGGAAAUUUUGCAGUUUUUGGUAAUUAUCUUGAAUAUUAUUAUAGAUAGAGAUAAACUGUAAACAGCAAUAAUGUUCAGCAAAGUAAGAUCUACAAAUAAGUUUACAUGACCAAAAUUGUCAAUUGACCCCUUAAGGAGUUAUUGCCCUUUAUAGUCAACUUUUAACAAUUUUUCGUAAAUUUUUGUAAUCUUUUACUAAAAUCUUCUCCUCUGAAACUACUGGGCCAAAUAGAAUCAAACUUGGCCACAAUCAUCAUUAGGGUAUUCAGUUUAAAAAAUGUGUCUGAUGACCUCCCCUGCCAACAAAGAUGGACGACGUGGCUAAAAAUAGAAGAUAUGGGGUAAAAUGCAAAUUUUGUCUAUUAUUCUGAUAACAGUUAUAAAUAGAGGAAAUCUGAACAGGGUGUCCUAUGUUGAAUGCAUAUAGACCAAGGUGAGCGACACAGGCUCUUUAGAGCCUCUAGUUUUUUUUUUGCAUUCAUCGUACAAAGACCAUUUAUUUCCCAUUUGUAAAUACGUGAGAUUUUUUUUUUCUUAACUGACCAACCUACCCCGAUCUUUCACAUAAGAAAUCGGUUAACCAACAAAUUAGAAAACCUGACUUAUGUAUUCACAUACUCACUUUUUUUUUCUAUUUCGUUAAGGUCUUAGUCACAACAUUUUAUGAAAUAUAAUAUUAGUAAGAUGAUCUGUAUGCUCAAUAAAUUAUGUUUCGAUAAAAAUAUAUUUGAUUUUAUUCAUAAAUAUGACUGUCUCAAUAAUUAAAUUUCAAUAAGGAGUUGGAACACUCUUUUUAUUUUAUUUUAUCCCACCAUGUAUACAAUUUUAGUUGAUUGUUUCCAUUAUUCCUUUAGGUAGAAAUCUAGAAACAUCGAUCUCCUAAUCAAAUUUUAUUCAAAGUGACUUAUCAUCAUGAUCUCUUUCAAGUAAAACUUAAAACUCUUUAAAUGAAUAAUUUUAAAAUAUGUUUUCCCAUGCUUUUAAAUGAAUAUAACAUUGUUUGAUGUUAUAAUUGUCAUCCUUGGGUUAUUUUUCUUCCUUGUAUAUCUACAUACUGUUGACUUGUAUCAGAGUUGAGGUAUUAGUUUACAGAAUUUGUUCUGUAAGAUUCUGUAAAUAUGGGUUUGUCAAUGAAAUUAUCUCCCUUUGAUGGGAUUCUAAGCAGGAACAUAGGAAGGGUCACUUGUAUUGUUUUUUUAUUAUUUUAAAUUGCAUAUUUUUACGUGAAGCUGAUGCCACACCAAAUAAAAUUCCAUUGUUUAACUUUCAUGUACUUUUGAACAAUUUCUGACACAAAUAGAUUAAAAAUCUCAAAUCCUGAGGAAAUUUAAAUGAAAAAGUCUCAAACUGCUAUAAUCAGAUAUGAUAUUUUUUAGAUAGUUUUUAAAGAAAAUCUGUUAUCUCCACCAUUUCUUGUGCAGUUGUUUCUUUUAAAAAUUAAUAUAAAAGAAUUAGAAUCAUACAAACUGUUUAGGUACUUGAACCAUGUAUUGGCUUCCUAAAGAAGAAAAAAUAUAAUCUGGUAUGACUUUACAUAUCUAAGGUUUGCUGUUUCCCUUUGUUUUCACAACAACAAUUUGUGUCAUUGUGAAGAAAGUAAAUUGAUAAUGUCAAUGCAUAAUUUACAGAAUCAUAGUGAGUAUUGUAAGAAAGGUUUAGUAAAAUAAUGGAAACUCAUUUUCGUCUUUCAGUUAUAUCAAAAUCAUUGUACAAAAUAUUUAUUUGUUUGCAAUAAAGCAAAAAGAGGUUGAGCAAAUGA